AUGCUUCACCAAAAAAUCCCACCACCAACCUUCCCUCUCCUCCGUCGUCUCUCCACAACCACAACCCCAACCGGAUUCUCCCUAAACCUCCCAAAACUCGAACCCUCAAACGACGCCGAAUUAAUAACCCAAAUCCUAAUCACAAACCACAACCCCUUCCACUUCACAGAAUCCCCCCUCCAACUCCACGGAAUCUCCCUCUCCCCUCACCUCGUAAACCAAACCCUCCUCCGCCUCCGCCACAAUUCCAAAAUUGCCCUCUCCUUCUUCCAACACCUCCGCUCCUCACCCUCCCCUCCCACAACCCCCACCUCCUUCAACCUCCUCAUCGACAUCCUCGCCAAAGUCCGCCAAUUCGACGUCGUUCGCCACCUCAUCUCCGAAACCGAUCCUUCCCCCGAAACCUUCCUCAUCCUCGUCAAACGCCUCAUCGCCGCCGGCCUCACCCGCCAAGCCCUGCGAACCUUCGACGACGCUCCAACCUUCCUCCAAACUCCCUUCACCCUCCACCACUUCGCCUUCCUCCUCGACACCCUCUGCAAAUACGGUCACACGAGGUUAGCCGUCGGAGUCUUCAACGAGCGCAGAUCCGUCCUCGGAUCCGACGCGAAGAUCUACACGAUCCUCAUCGCGGGAUGGUGUAAGCUCCGGAGGAUCGAUACGGCGGAGAGGCUCUUAUCGGAGAUGAUCGAGUCCGGGAUCGAGCCUAACGUCGUCACCUACAACGUCCUCCUCAACGGAAUCUGCCGGACGGCGAGUUUGCAUCCCGAAGAGAGGUUCGAAAAGAAUGUGAGGAGUGCGGAGAAGGUGUUCGAUGAAAUGCGUGAGAGAGGGAUCGAGCCCGACGUCACGAGCUUCUCGAUUGUUCUUCAUAUGUAUAGUCGGGCGCAUAAGUCCGAGUUGAGUUUGGAUAAACUGAAGUUAAUGAAGGUUAAAGGGAUUAGCCCCACCGUGGAGACGUACACUUCCGUUGUGAAGUGUUUGUGCUCCUGUGGGAGGCUUGAGGAAGCCGAGGAGCUGCUUGAGGAGAUGGUGGGAGACGGGAUUAGUCCGUCUUCCGCCACGUAUAACUGUUUUUUCAAGGAGUAUAAAGGGAGGAAAGAUGUUAGUGGGGCGAUGGAUUUGUAUAAGAAGAUGAGAGGUGGGUUGUGUGAGGUGAAUACGAGGACUUAUAAUGUUCUGUUGGGUGCGUUUGUGAAUUUGGGGAAGAUGGAGAUUGUGGAGGAGAUUUGGUGUGAUCUUAGAGGGAGUGUGACGGGUCCGGAUUUGGAUUCGUAUACUUGUUUGGUUCAUGGGUUGUGUGGGAAGGAGAAAUGGAGGGAGGCUUGUGGGUAUUUUGUGGAGAUGAUUGAGAGAGGUUUCUUGCCGCAGAAGGUGACGUUUGAGACGUUGUAUAAAGGGUUGAUUCAGUCUAAUAAGUUGAGGACUUGGAGGAGGUUGAAGAAGAAACUUGAUGAGGAGUCUAUUACCUUUGGAUCUGAGUUUCAGAGAUAUCCUUUUCAGCCUUACAAGAGAUGA